CACAAAAUAGGGAAAGAAAGAUCCGCCGCCGGUCACCAAGAAACAAUGGCGGCCGAAGAUGACUCACGAUUAAACCGCAACAAUAGCCGUGGCAUUAUCGAUGUUGACCGGAUUAGUGAAUUGCCGGAUGACAUCCUCGGAAGAGUCGUGUCCAUGUUGACCCUCAAAGAAGCAGCCGCCACUUCGGUCCUGUCGAGCAGGUGGACAAACUUGUGGAAAUCGUCCGUCACGGUUCUCGACUUCGACGCCGGAGAAGUAUUUCAUGCUAUUGCUUCCCGCAAUCCGCCUUACUCGAGCAACGAGGAGAGGGAGGCAUGGGUGCAGGAGAAAAGGCGUUGGUACAUCAACUGGGUCAACGGAGUCUUGAGGCAGCUUCACGAUGGUGCCUCCAAACCGAUCAUCAACAAGUUUCGAGUCCAGUUCUUCUUGGAGAAAGAGUGCAACUCCGAUGGGGACAUGGAUCGAUGGCUCGAGUUCGCGUUCAUGUCAAAGAGACUCGAGUCCCUGGAGCUGUUCUACUUCACCGACAGCCGUUACCAUUACGUUUUCCCCGAGGCUUGUUUCGAUCGCAUCAAGAAGACUCGGACGUCCGACAUCAAGCUCCUCAGAUCCUUGAGCUUGAGCUUCGUUGAUGUACGAGGAGAGGUGGUCGAGCAUUUCGCGGCUAACUGUCCCUUGCUCGAACAUCUGGUCCUGCACAAAUCACACUCUCUAGUGAGUCUCAGGCUGCGACGGAUUCGGGCGUUGAGAUACUUGGAAGUAAGCAGAUGCAAGCCGAUGAAAGUGCUGCAGAUCGACGAUGCUCCAGGGCUCACUCACCUGCACUACCAUGGCCAAGAUGAUGGAACGAAGGAAUUGCGGGUGCACAACAAUUGUGCCCGUCUCGUGGAGUUGACACUAGGGUUUGAUUUUUGCAAGCCUGAGUUUGCUUUCCGCUCCCUCUCUCCCUACGUUGGUCGGCUGCAAUCCCUCACGGUGAAAAUGAGCCCCUCAGUGAUUAGGUUUCCUUCGAAUCUGGCUGAAUUGACUUGCCUGGAGCGGCUAACAUUACAAAAUCUUCCUGCGCAAGGCGACAUAAGCAUCCUAGGCUGGAGUACAUGGAUAAAUGCGUGUCCUCGUCUGCACACAUUGAGAGUUAAGGUGGCUACGACCAUGUCGAAAGGCAAAAGCCUAAGACUGUGGAAGGCUCCCGUGGUGAAUAAAGUGAAAAGGACGAGCAUCAAAGAGGUCGAGAUUGUUGGGUUCAAUGGCUUCUACCUUGAUUGUGAGUUUGUUGAGUAUGCUUUCGAGUAUUUCAUCGGGAUGGAGAAGUUAGUUCUCGACAGAGGGUUGACUAUACCAGGUUUUGGUGGAACUUACAACCGGUUUUGCACAGAGCAACAAGCUCAAAUAGCAAAAGAGCGUGCAUUAGAGUUCAAAUCAAGAGCACCCCCAACACUACUGGAAUUUGACGUUGUCUAG